AUGACUACUCUUCUUCGUCGGCCUGCUCUCACUCCGCGCACCCUUCCCCAGCUCCCCACAGUUGUUUCGCCUUUACAAGCGCGGUCAAAGGCAUCGACUUCGACCUCUAGCAAGCGACCACGCUCUCCAGAUCCAAUGUUCGAUAAUCAGUCGAACAGCGUCAAGCGCCUAAGGGCCACGCCUCCACAAACCGCGAGUCGUGACGAUGAUCCAAAAAACAAAGAUCGCCGCCGGGCAGAACGAGAAGCUCAGAAUGAAGAAUUCAAAACCAAAUACACGCGCGCUUUCCCGACUUUUGUAUUCUAUGUUGACUGGGAUGCCGAUGCGGAAGGUCAGGCCGUCAAGGAACGACUCUGUGCUAGAGUCUUGCACAUGGGUGCGCAAAUCGACGAUUUCUUCUCCAACGCAAUCACACACUUCAUCACGAACAAACCGAUACCUUCAGACGACCUAGGCGCCAACAAGGAGAACAUGUCGAGAUCUCGGCUUAGGACUUCAAGAACACCGUCACUCCUCAAGAGUCCUAUCAGGCUCAAGGGCCGGGUGACAGACGAUGUCCCUUACGACAACCUCGUUCGGAAGGCCAUAUCUUUUGGUAUGAAGGUUUGGAGCAUCACGAAGCUCGAGAGUGUCCUCGACCGAUGCCAGGCACCUGGGGCGCCUGCUGCCGCUGCUGCCUCUUCUGCGGCUCUUUCCAACCAACGUUCCCUGUCCCGGGCCCUCAGAUUGGAGCAGUUGAAUGGGACGACCGAACGUGAUCCUCAACAGAAGCAGUAUAAAUUCCGAUACUUCUCCAAAAACAGCUACUUCGUUCUCGUCGAGGACUUGAAGCAAGAGUUAGCCACCAUUCACUCAAUGGAAUAUCGAAUUACCAAGAAACCUGAUGGCAGCGAACAAGUCUCCUGGCCGGUGCUGCACUGCCACCCCAAAGCUCGCGGGCCCUUCAUUGAGUAUGACGAGAGAGAGGCACGGCGGGCCGCGAAGCUUGAGAAGCAGGACAAGGAGAGAGAGGAAGAGCGGCGACGACGGAAGGCCAAGCUUCGUGAACGAGAACGUCGGCGGCGCGCUCAUGAAGAAGCGCAGGCACAGAUGCAGGCCAAGCGCAGUGGCGAUCUAAGGCGUACUGUCUCGAUGGUCAACCUAUAUCGACGUGUUCAAGAGGAAGAUGCCGCGAAUGGCCUGAUCGAUCUCGACGCUGAGCUCUGCGAUACUAUGGACUCCGCGAACGCCUCUGGGUAUCUGCAGUCUGGGACCUACAUGGCCGCAUCAGGAAAUAGUGUCUCGAUCACUUCUACUACUGGCACGACGUCGACGGCUGGGCAUCAACUUCGCAGCGUGCAGCUCCCGGCAGGGUUGCGUGAGAGGCUGCAGCAACAGGUGGUUACCUCACGGAGAGUGACGCUGGGUCCCGCCGCGCAGAACCGCAAGAUUGGAGAUAUGGGCCCACCUGUUGGUAUUCCCGAAAGGAAACCCCUGAGGAAAAGCAAGAGCACCAAUACAAUGAAGCUACCCGAACGCGAGGAGGGGUCCAAGCCUGGUUACUGUGAAUGUUGUCGCACCAAGUUUCUCAGUUUCUCAGAGCAUAUAAAAAGCGUCAAACAUCGCAAUUUUGCCGCGAACGACAACAAUUUUCUCCAACUUGACGAUGUACUUGCACGCGUGCGCCGACAGACGUGUCAGGAGACCGAAGCCGCGAAGGACCGUGAGGCAGCAAUGCGCGGAGAUGUUGGCGAUCAUGAAUACAGUCCCUCUCGUUCGGAAUCGGAGGAGGUCGAGGUUGAUCGGAACGUACGGACCGUAUCUUCGAGCGAAGGCGACCUGUUGCCUCCGCCCCAAGUUCAGGAGAACGAGGAAUAUGAUUCAGAGGCUGAUGCGGAGGGAGAAGAUGACGACGAGCUGUGAGUAUUUUGGCGCAGCCUCCGUCCAUCGGAUUUUGUUGUCCGUCACCAUCUUAUGCUUGAAGAACGAUUCAAAGGACGGGUCUCAUACACCGGAUACUUCUGUAUUUUUCCCAGUGCAAUUGUAUAAUAUAUUCAUCCCUGUUAUCGUUACUGG